ACAUUCUAAACAAGACGGCGCCGGCGUCAGUAAAUUUACUCGAAAUUUCCGAAAAAAUUUAAAAUUAUUCUUAAGUAAAGCAAUAUCAAAAAAAUUGUGCGAUGUCGAUGGAACAGCUUAAGUCCGAUGUAGCCGAAUUUGCUGCUUUGCUGGAACAGACGAAAAGCGCCCGCAUCAAAGGUGUUCUCACUACAGGAAAGGCAGAGGCGGAGCGCGAGAUUGUCAACCUGGAGAUGAAGGCACGCCUCGCCGCAGAGCGCCAGUCGUCUAGUUCAAGCGAUGCUAAAAGAUAUCUGCAUGAGCUCACUGACUACGGGUGGGACCAGAGUGCCAAAUUUGUCAAACUCUUCAUCACACUGAAUGGCGUACAGGGCUGCACCGAAGAGUCCGUCACUGUCAACUACACCGAGACCUCGCUGCAGCUCCAUGUGUGCGACCUUAGCGGUAAAGACUUUGGUCUGUCCGUGAACAAUCUGCUGCACGCGAUAGAUGUAGAUAAGAGCUAUCGCAAGAUCAAGACCGACAUGGUAGCCAUCUAUCUGAAGAAAGCCGAGGAGGGCGUAAACUGGGAUGUGCUCACCUCUAUUCAGAAGCGCCUUAAGCAGAAGCAAGAUACUGAAAUGAGCAAGGACACCGAGAAUCCGGAGUCAGCGUUGGUCAACAUCAUGAAAAAAAUGUAUAACGACGGUGACUCCAAGACCAAGCAGAUGAUUGCCAAGGCCUGGACCGAGAGUCAGGAAAAGUCGCGCAUGGGCAAGGAGAUUGGCGGAGGCCUCGACGCAUUCGGCGACCUUUAAGUCUGCAUCCAAACCUGUCGUUUGUCCAUUGUUCCGCAAGACUCUGCUCCACUCCCGGUUCGAACUCCAAUAAAUUGCAUAUAUACUAUAUUUUCGAACUGCUGCAAGUGCGACUUUGAUAUGUACAUACAUAGAGUAUAUAUAGAGGGCACUACUUUUCGCAGAUGCAUAAUAGUAUGUACAUUCUUAUACUUACAAUUUGAGGAUAAAUAAAGUACCAGAGUGGGAAUUAAGUUCAGGAA